AUGAAGCAGAAAGGUUUCGAGGUCCUCCCCCUCUUCAGCAUAGUUGCCGAUCGGCAUGUUUCGAAAAUUACCUCUAUGAGUCCUCGUAUCGGCAAGGUUUUGGCUGGGUGUCGGCAAGGCUAUGUACGAAGAAGUGAUUCGGUGUGGGCUUGCUUCGGUAAGGUUGAAGAGUUUUGGAAGCUGUCUUUUCCUGCUGCGCAGCCCUUGCCAUUCGGCAAGGGGGCUGGCAUAAGCCUGCCAUUCGGCAGAGGCUGCUUGGAGGAAAAUUUUGUGCUCUCCCUUCCUUCUGCACAACCCUUGUCGUUCGACAAGGGUGUGUUGGUGAAAAAUUGUGAUGAUUUUUGUGUCUUCGACAAGGCAGUGGCUGCGCUCGGCAAGCCCUUGCCGAACAGGGUGAUAGAAGAAGUUUUUUCGCAAGCUCCCUUGGGCUUGGUCUUCGUCAAAGAGGCUGGGAUGUUUGCACCAUGCGGCAAGGGUCUAGGUUCGCACAGCCGGGUCUGUUACCGUGAGUUCUCACAGCUCUUGCCGUUCGGCAAGGGUCUAGGUUCGCACAGCCGGGUCUGCUACCGUGAGUUCUCACAGCUCUUGCCGUUUGGCAAGGGUGAUUGGGGUAGGAAUUUUUGCGUGAGUCCCCAGUUUAUUGAGCCCAAAGAAUCUUCUUUUAGGUUUUUGUCGUUCGGCAAGGAAUUCACAAGUGGUUUGUGUGUGGGUGCGAUUCCAAGGGGAAGAGGUAUUGGAGCUGGGUUCGGCACAUCGUGA